AUGUUUUACUAUCACGUCCUAACAGCGUUUUUCAUAUACGCCUUGCUUCAGGGAGGAGAAUGGCUGCUUGGUCAAAGGGUCAACAGCUUUCAAGCUGUAUCUGAGGUACAGACUUCCCCGAAUGAUGGGAAAACUGAGAAGCAAUCUUGUGCUGUCGAGAAUAAUGACCGAACCAGACUUUGGCCCAGGUAUCAAUCUCCCUUGGCCAUCGCAUGGCGCCAAAAACACUUCGCCGGCGUACUACUCCGGUGUCACAACAUCGGCAAUCGAGGCGCAUCCAAGUUGGUGACCAUGCGGCGCAGAUUGUUCAAUAGUCAUGGCUUCCGAGAGGAAGAUAUUCUUCGUUUCAAGGCAGAAAUCUCCACGCCAAUCCUGUACAACAUAUCAGCCGCCUUGUUCUGGCUGUCAAGGAAGACCAGCGGUAGACAUGAUCUGUCAAAAGGGAUGAGAUGCGAAGCCGUGGAAACCAUCGAGGGCAAGGAGGACGACAAUGGUAAACCAGUUUACAGAUUCGAUAUUUCUCAUCUGGAGAAGUGCCCAUUACUCCUUGGAACUUGCCAUGAGGUACUCCGACAGUUCACGGAUGGCACAUCGGCGAGACGAGCCAUUGAGGACAUAAUGCUCAACAAACGAUUUCUGGUCAAGGACAACACGUUGAUGCUCGUACCGUUCCGGGAAUAA